ACUUACUAUCUUUCCAAAAAAAAAUUAUUGUGCUUUUUACAAGUACUUUGCAAAAUACUUAUAUGUGUAAUGUGUGGACCGAAUUUACCACAAACAAUUCUAGGAAGUAGGAACUUUCACUUUCCUAUCUGCUCAAUUAAUUCAAAAUCAGAUAAAACCUAUUUUGACCUUUUAAGGCCGCUUAAACCAGAGUUUUCAUAAAUCCAUUCUUCCACAAACCCAAACCCAGAAAUCCCAGAAACACCCACUUCGAAUCAUGGGAGAAGUUAACAAGAAGAAGAAAAGAGGGGGUGCUAAGAGAAGAAUGACUGCUGAACAAACCUUAGCCUUAAAAUCUGUUAAUGAAUGGGUUUUGUUGGCGCAACACUCUAAUAAAGCUGUUAAAGAUGAAGAGAGAGAAAAUGAGGAUGAAUUUCUACCAGAAAUUAUGCGAAGAGCUCAAGUUUGUGAGAAAGUUGUGUUUGAUUUGCAUUCUCAUUCGAUUUGUAGUGAUGGGUUUUUAUCCCCUUCUGCUCUUGUUGAGAAAGCUCAUCAACAUGGGGUGAAAGUUCUUGCUCUGACUGAUCAUGAUACAAUGUCUGGUAUCCCUGAGGCCCUGGAAGCUGCCGGUAGAUUUGGCAUCAAGAUUAUUCCAGGUGUUGAGAUCAGUACUGUUUUCUCUACAAGAGAUAAUUCUGAAUCAGAAGAACCAGUUCACGUCCUUGCAUAUUAUAGCAGCUGUGGACCAGCAAGAUUUGAAGAGUUUGAUCAAUUUUUGACCAACAUAAGGGAUGGACGUUAUGUUCGUGCAAAGAAUAUGCUCUCAAAAUUGAAUAAACUCAAAAAGCCCGUUACGUGGGAACAUGUCAUUAGAAUUGCAGGCAGUGGAGUUGCUCCUGGAAGACUGCAUGUAGCUCGUGCUUUGUUGGAAGCUGGCCAUGUUGAGGAUCUCAAGCAAGCAUUUGACAGAUAUCUUUAUGAUGGUGGACCUGCUUAUUCUAAGGGAAGUGAGCCUGCUGCUGAAGAAGCAGUGCAAAUGAUUUGUAAAACUGGGGGAAUAGCUGUUUUGGCACAUCCAUGGGCAUUAAAAAAUCCCAUUCCGGUGGUCCGUAGUUUAAAACAGGCUGGUCUGCAUGGAAUAGAAGUUUAUAGAAGUGAUGGUAGACUUGCAGUAUACAGUGAUCUUGCCGAUGCUUAUGGCCUCCUGAAGCUUGGAGGCUCAGAUUAUCAUGGAAGAGGUGGACGUAUGGAAUCUUCUAUUGGAAGUGUUACACUUCCUGUGUUGGCUGCCCAUGACUUUCUGAAGAUAGCUAGACCAAUUUGGUGUGAUGCCAUUAGAAGUAUUUUGGAGCAAUAUAUUAAAGACCCUUCUGAGCUGAACCUAAAGCAUAUCACCAGGUUUGGAAUAAAAAGGAUUUCUACCAGUAAUUGUGAGAAGGAUAUAAUAAACAGUUAUUUGCGCUCGUGGUUGACCAAGGAAGAGAUGCAGCAUGCAGUUUUCCAGGCCACCAUGUUAAAGCUAUGAGAUAUUGCAGUCUUUGCAGUAACAUGAGAGGAAAGCUCACAAUAUCCUUUAGCUUGCCAUAACGCACCAUGUCAAAGAUUUCGUUUCAAUUAUAGGACGUGUCUAAUUAGAAAUUUAUGCGCAUCAUAGUUCUUUUUUCUUUUUACUGUUGUGAAUUCUAUUUGAAGGAUUGGUGCAUCUCAGUUGAGUAGUUGUACAAUGAAAGAAUAAAAUCUCUAGAGUUUUAUUCAAAUAUUUUUUUUCCAACUGGUUACAAUU